AUGACCAGAUGGGUCAGCCUGCACAUGAUCUCUCUCGGCUCGCUGCUGUUCUUAAACGGCCACACUACUUCUGCCGCUGCUGGGGGGGGAUCCAGGUGCCUCAGCGAGGACCAGCUGAACAAAAAAGUGCACAUGUUUGAGAGGAGAUACUGGGGCGCGCUCUCCCAUAAACUGCAAAUGCACGGAGACCUGAACCGGCGCUCCAUGUCACCGUGGAAGUACUGCAUAAACCGAGAAGACGACAGGUUUCCUCACAAGAUCGCCGUCGCUAAGUGUCUUUAUGAAGGCUGCAUCAUCAACGGGCGUGAAGACAUGAACUACAACUCUGUCCCUGUGAUGGCUAACCUGAUGAUUCUGAAGAAGACUCCGUGCAAACAGAACAAAACCAAAUACAUGGUGGAAAAGGGUAUUGAGAAAAUCGCUGUGGGCUGCACGUGUGUUGUACCCAAAUCAUCGAACCAACCAUUGUAAUCACAUAGGUGCUGAUUUUUUAUUAACCAAGUUAACCAAAAAAAACCGAAAUAUUCCAUCCUGUAGCUUGGGGUUAAAUUAAUCUGCUUUUGUGUUAUCUCUGAAUGUGUCACCAGUUUAAAUGCUUCUUUGUGGUAAAUGUUUUCUCAAAGCAGGAACAUCUGAGAAGUUUUGUGCCAGUUUAAAAGAGUUUUUAAAAGAGUAGCAUGUUCCUGCAACAGAGGAAGCUGCAAGUUUCCUAGGACCCUGGUUUUUUGGGUAGAUGCUAAUAUGUAGUCACCGUAACCCUACAUACAUGUGCUAGCAAUGGUGUGUUCUAGUUGAACUGGGAAGUCUAAAUUUUCCAAGUUCCCAGAAAUUUCAUCUGGAACUCCCGCUGAAGUGGGACUUUUAACAAAAAUAAUCAUUUCACUUUGUUAAAAUCCUAUGGGGUUCAAACUCGUAUAUCUAUAUUAGAUGCUAAAUUAUCUCAGAUUAGGGAUAGUGAACCCCAAACUGCCAUCAAUCAAUCAGUUAAAGCAGCAUUUUACUGUCGUAGCUUGAAGUGGAGCUAGUUUGAACUACUUUAUAUCAGGGCUGACAACUUUUCAGCUGGAUUUGGAGUGUGAUUAAGUAUUCAAAGUCGUUUCAAAGUGCAUUUUAAGGAGCAGGCCUUCUUUGACAUUACCCCCCAAUGUAGCACAAGUAGACGUUAUAUUUCACAAUAAUUGUUUUCCUUCAGAUCAUUUAUAGAUCUUGCUGUUUCCGACCGCACUUCAAGGCAACUUCAUUUCACGGAGAAAGAGAGAAAUAAAAGAGACGAAGGGACUGAGGAAACAGUCAGCUGUUCCACAAAAUCCCCGGCAGUUCAGAGCUUGUGUUUUGGUGUUGUUAAACUUUCUUGUGGCAGGGAUAGAGGCAGUGAAGUUUCCUGUUUCCUGUACGGGACAGUCCCACCGUCUCAAACCCCACCGACUAGUCUGAUUUUCGGUUACAUGUUUGGCCACCGCAGCGUGACGUCAUGUUGCGUUCCUCCAAAAGUUGAAUCAGAAGGCGUUUGAUAUUAUAGAUCGCAGUAAACUACUGGCAAAACUACAGAAGUAUGGGAUAAGAGGUAUAGCUCACUCAUGGCUGAAAAGCUACUUAGAACAUAGACAGCAGAGUGUACAAAUUAAUAAUAUCUUGUCAGGAUAUAGUACCUGUGGAGUAGGAGUGGGAAUCACCAGAGGCCUCACGAUACAAUAUCAUCACGAUACUUAU